GCCUCUGCCAGGGGCGGCUCUGCUUAGCCAGCCUCCCAGACACAAACCGGGGCCUUGGCGGGAGAGAGGAAGGGCGCUGAGGAAUGGGGCUCCUCUGCCGGGGCGGCGGUGUCUCCUUCUCCUUCUGCUGUUGUUCUCCCGCCCUGAGGCCUGGACCUGGGCUCCCACUGAGGUCUCCGCUCCUCAGCCUAAUGUAGGAAGGCCGCUAACGCUGAGCCAGACAGGAGCAGCCGCCGCCGCCGCCGCCGCCGCCAUGGCCUCCGCCCACCGCCCUCCGCCUUAGAAGCAGCAGCCUCCUCCUCCUCCUCCUCCUGCUGCUGCUGCUGCUCGAUGUGGAGUUCGGGGGCCGCCGCGGUGCAGCUGCUCUCCCGGGCCGCCAAGCACGCCGCCGCCGCCCUCGUGGCCCGGGGCUCCCGUCACAGCGGCGUCGGCGUCGAAGGGCCCGAAGCGGGGUCCCCUGUGUGUCCCGGCGCCCGCCCCCAGGGCCCCGAGCGGGCGGUGGAGCUGCUCCUGUGGCAGCUGCCCGCCGAAGGGCGGACGUGGCGGUGCUGCUGCUGCUGCUGGUGCAAGGGCUGCCUCUGCGCCUCCAUGGCGGCCGCCCUCUGCUUCGGCUCCCUGGCCCUGGCGCGACACUCGCUCCGCGGAUGGAUGCUGUGGGCCGAGGGCCUGGACGGCGUGGCCGGCGCGGCGCUCUUCACGGUGGGCUUCAUCGUGGUCUCCUUCCCCUGCGGCUGGGGCUACAUCCUGCUCAACGUGGCCGCCGGCUACCUCUACGGCUUCGUCCUGGGCAUGGGCCUGAUGGUCCUCGGCGUCCUCGUCGGCACCUUCGUCUCGCACCUGGCCUGCAAGAGGCUGCUGGCCCGAUGGGUCCUGGCCCGGUGGAUCCAGGGCAGCCAGAAGCUGGGCGCCGUCAUCCGGGUGGUGGAAGGGGGCGGCGGGCUCAAGGUGGUGGCCCUGGCCAGGCUCACCCCGAUCCCCUUCGGCCUCCAGAACGCCCUCUUCUCCAUCACAGAUCUUUCUCUACCAAAUUACCUGAUGGCUUCUUCCAUUGGAUUGCUUCCAACUCAGCUCUUAAACUCCUACUUAGGCACCACCUUGCGCACUAUGGAGGAUGUUAUUGCAGAACAAAGUGUUAGUGGGUACUUCAUUUUUAGUUUACAGGUUCUAAUAAGCAUAGGCCUCAUGUUUUAUGUUGUCCACCGGGCUCAAGUGGAACUCAGUGCAGCCAUAGUUGCAUGUGAAAUGGAGAUGAAGACAUCGCUUGUUAAAAGCAGUCAUCCAAGUAACAGCAAUUCAACAUUUUGCAACAAAAGGACGUUUGCCUUUUCUGGAAGCGGAAUCAACAUUGUAUGACUUCCUGCCUCUUCUGAAGUAUUACUUUAAGGUUUCAUGAAUCUGGAAGCCUAACCUAUUGCCUAGACAUUUUUUUCUUGACUUCUCAGCAAGACUUAAUCACAAACAGCUGGAGGAUAUGCUGUGGUACCUACCACACUUGCAGUUUUUAAAUUGCAAAAUGGAUGACUUUUUGUAAGGAUCAGUAAGUGGCUAAGUAACUUUAAAUGUAGAUCCAAGUCUGGCUGCACCUUUUGUCAUUAUUAUACUUGUCAUGGCCUGUAGUUUGCACUUUAGGUUUUUUUUUAAAGGUUUUUUUUUUUUUUUUGGUGUUUGUUUCUACAGACAGAUAAAAAUACCCUCAAAGCAAUUUCUUUUUUGCUUAGUAUUAUUUAUAAGGCUGACUAAUAAUAUAAAGUAGAACUUAAAAAACAAAUGAGCAAGUGUAAAGUAUGCAAAUUCACGUGCAUUACUGUUGAAUGUGCUUAGCUUUCAAUAUAUUUCCAGAAAAGGAAUAUGUUCUCUCAUUAACAUCGGGGACAUCUAGCAUAGAAAAUGCCCAACUCUUUAGGCUGGGAAGGCAAAAUAAUGAGCACUUCCUGUGCAGGAGGGAUCUCUCCCUAUAUAAACAGUUUCCUGUCUGUGACAGGUUGCAGGAUUUCCUCAUGGCACUUGGGAAAAAAGGUGGGAGGGGAUUUUUUUUUUGCUCUUUUGGGAAACAUUUGAGUUUGCCCUCAUUUUUUAAUUUGGGGUUGGAGUGUGAAAGAAAAUAUGGUAUAUAAAUCUUUGGUUGAAUGUAUAUUUGUAAGCCACUGAAACAUUGUGGAGCCAUUCAUAAUUUUUCACAUACGUUUAAAUCCUACAUUGUGGGACUGAAGUGCUCUUAUAUAACAUUUUAAGUUACACUGUGUAAUAUGCAAAGUAAAAGGGAAAUUACUGGGUACUUAAUAGAUUGUGGCAGACAGUGGUUUGAGGGAGAACUUGCAGGUGAAAUGCAAGUCCUUGACCUGUCUUUACCAUCCUUGUGAAUAACAAAGGGCUCUUCUGUUUCAAGCCUAGUUCUAGUUAGUUACAGAAAGAGUUUUGAAGGGUGUAGAUCAGCUUCACUUUGUUCAGUACACUGUAAGAAUUAGAAAAAAAGAGGAACUAAAUUUCUGAAAAUAUGACGGUACUAAUAAUUCACGUGGCCUUUAUUUUAUAGGGAAGACCUUAUGGUUUUUCUUUUGAUAAAAGCUUUAAAAAUCAACACAAUUCCUCCCUAAUACAUAUUCCUCUGAUCAUGAAGCGAUGCUCUUCAUGUAUAAGUUUUGCGUGGUACACUGAGGCUUGUACCAAUGAAAUGCUGUGAAGAUUGCAUGUGUCCCUUUCUUCUUUGCAAGUUUGUUAAGCGUUUGCAAAAAUUAGGAAAAGACAGGCUUUCCAUCUUUAAGUAAAUGACAAGAAAAGGGCAGAAAUAUUUUUAAGGCUCAGGAAUCUGUAAACAAUUUUAAAAGAAGACAUUUCAUAUUACAUUUUGGGACUUUGCAGAAGGAUCACCCAAGUUAUUUCUUCGUGGGUUUGAAUGGACUAGAAUAAGCCUAACUGUGCUUUUGAGUGUCGGCGCCAUUCUUUACAAAUGCAUAUUUAUAUACCUGAGUUAUGUAUUCCCCAAAAAGCUUCAUAGCAGUUGGAACCAGCACAACAGUAUUUUGAAUUUAUGUAAUCUUAUUUUGUCUGCAAUCUUAAAUAGUUUGUUUUGAACAAUAAAAUAUACUUCUGGCUCUAUGA